AGGUCAAACUUUCCCUUUCAUCUACUUUCAAGAACCCACCCCGUAAAAUAUCAUUUUCCAUUUUUCUUUAUUUUUUAUAAAAUAAAAUAAAAUAUUUACUCCCAACUAAACAGUCCUUUUUAAUUUCCUAUAUAGCUCCAUUCUUCCCACCCAAAUACCCUCCCCACUUUUUUUUCCUCCCUUUCUCAAUUCUUCAUUAUAACACUUCCCCUCUUUUCCUCUGCUUUUAUUUAUUUUAAUUAUUCAACCCAUCAAAAAAAAAAAAAAAAAAAAAAAAAAUUGUAACACCAAGACAAACUCUAACUUACACUCAUAUGCAAAAACCUUAAUAAUCUCUGAAUACUAUUCACAACUCUCGGUUCGAGUUGGAUUAAUUUAGACUCUGAAUUAUGGAGAAGGAAUUCUUUCUAAACACAGGCAUACCGCCUUCACUACACUUUGAUCAUCCAUUCUCUUCAUCCACAAUGCCAACAUGGCAAGCUUUGUCGAGCGCAAUGGAAUUACAAUCACCUGAUUGUUUUCUAUCUACACCGCCUCCUACUUCAGCAAAUGACAACUUUGAGUCCGCCUUAAGCUCUAUGGUGUCCUCCCCGGCCGCCUCGAACCCGGCCUUGUCUAAUGACAAUUUCAUGAUAAGAGAAUUGAUUGGUAAAUUAGGAAACAUUUGCAGCUCCGGUGAUGUCUCCGGUGGCGGCCACCAUGCCCUGCCACCGUACAUUGGAAGCGGUGGUGGUAAUCGUAGUGCGAGUAACUCGUGUUAUAGUACACCACUUAGUUCACCACCUAAGAUGGGCGUGUCAUUAUCUAAUCUUGAUCAUCUAGUCAAUGAUAAAUUUCCUACCUUAGGAAAUUCGGUUGGUUUGAGGUCAAAUUUACCGGCAAUGCCCGGUGAUCCGGGUUUCGCGGAGCGAGCAGCAAGGUUUUCUUCGUUUGGUAGUCGGAGUUUCAACGGAAGAACAAGCCAGUAUAUUGUCAAUAAUAAUCAUAAGAGUCAUAAUCGUAGUAACGAUAGUAAUAACGAAUUUAUACAUCGAUCCAAUAGUAAGUUAACAAGGGUUUUAAGUAGUCCUUCGUUGCUUAAGGAGGUUGAAAAUCAAGGUGAUGAAAAACUCAAGAUUGAGAGAAAACAAGGUGAAAUGUGUGGUAAUGAUCAUGGUGAAUUCUCUAAUUCUAGAGAGAAUUCGUCGGUUUCCGGGCAAAACCCGGCACCCGAAAAUGGAUCAACUAAGAAGAGGAAAGCCCCUGCUCCUAAAGGAAAAACAAAGGACACUCUGCCUCAAUCUCCCCUACAUACAAACAAAGUGUCUCAAAAUGGUGAGGAUUCAACAGCAAAGCGAAGCAAAUCGGAAGAAGGCGGUGUUUUGAAGACAGAGGAAAACAGAGGUGAUGCAAACCAAAAGCCUCCAGAAGCGCCAAAAGAUUAUAUUCAUGUUAGAGCAAGAAGGGGUCAGGCUACUGAUAGUCAUAGUCUUGCUGAAAGAGUUAGGAGAGAGAAAAUUAGUGAAAGAAUGAAACUUCUUCAAGAUCUUGUACCUGGCUGUGAUAAGGUAACAGGAAAAGCAUUAAUGUUGGAUGAAAUUAUCAACUAUGUACAAUCAUUACAAAGACAAGUUGAGUUUCUAUCAAUGAAAUUAUCAUCUGUAAAUCCAAGACUAGAGUUCAACAUGGGAAACCUUUUCUCAAAAGAUGUGAUCCAACCAAACAACUCCUUGCCGCAUCCAAUGUACCCAUUAGAUUCCUUGGCACCAAGCCUUUAUGGCCAACCUCAUCAAAAUCAUCCUUUACAAGAUAGCAUAACCACCACGGCCCCAUCUUCUAUGGACCCUUCACAUAAUCAAAAUCAUCCUUUACAUUUACAUUCCCUUGAUGCUUUCUCUAAUGGUCUUCCUCAGCUACCAUCAUUAUGUGAGGGGGAUCUUCAAAGUAUUGUACAGAUGAGUUAUGGACAAAAGGAGAAUGGAUUCCAACAACAACAUGGGUCAAAUCCAUCACCACUAAUGAAAAUUGAGUUCUAACCACCAAUCAUCAAUCUUGAAUAUGAUUGCCAGAAGAGAGGGAAGAAGGAGAGAGAGACAGAGAGGCUGCUUGAUUGUACAUACAAAAAAGAGAAUUGAAUUAUUUCCAAGGCCAUUGUCUAAAUAUCUAAUCAAGAAAAUUAUUUUUCCUUUUUUUUUAUCUUUUAUUAUUACUAUUACCCUAUUAUUCAACAUAGAUUCAUCUCUCCCACUCAUAUUUUAAUUUUGUAUUGUCAUUAAUUAUUUUUUAGGUGUAGUUAUAUGCUUAUAGUAUGUAUCCCUUGUAAUAUUCUAUGAUCAUUAUGGUGCAAAAGUCAUGGAUUUGCACCUCCCAAUGUAACAUAUUAAGUUGAAGAAAGGAAAGGAAAGGAAAAAAAAAAAUAGUUUUCAUGUUGUUUGUGAAACUUUUGUUUUUCCACUAA